GCGUCGUUGAGAGACUACUAAUGCAGUGCGCCUGCAGGAGCUGCGGCUCAGGGAAAACCUUAUCGACCACGUCCACACCUCCCAAAGAUUCAGACACUAACGGAGGCUGCAAACUUUUGAGCGGAGGUGGUUUGUGUGUGCGUGAGUGUGUGUGUCUCCUAUGAUUCAUGCGGAUAGAGGGCUGAAACGCAGAGCUCCGCUAAUUAAUUGGAAGCGAAACGAGCAGACGCUGAGACGGAGGAGAGGCAGCGCGUGCAGCGGGUUACAGCAGCCUGCAGCAGAGGCGACGUAAACCGGGAUGCGUGUCGGUUUCUUCAGUACUGCGUGGAGUGGAGCGUUUGUCUGGACUGUGCACAAAUCUUCUCGGAGAUCCUAAAAUCUCGCGUCUCACCCCCCCUUCCCCCGUUUCGCAGUGAAAUCCUCCCGCAGCAUCCGCGAACCCCGCAGUCUUACGCGAGAUGGUUCAGUCCGCCUGCGCGAGUCCGCUGCCGACGCGUGGGGAUUUUUCUCAGCGCCGACGCGCAGCGGAUCUUCCCGUGGAAAGCGUGUGAUAAAAUAGUGACGCGCCGCCGCCGAAACGCAGAAGAAAAAAAAAGAAGAAGAAGCAGAAGAAGCAGCAACACUAAGCAACAAAUCUAUUGCCAUGGGCGCGAGUUUGGAAUCGGAUAAAGCAGGACUCGUGCGGACUGCGUGCGAAUGCGCAGGGACCUCGGUGAGAAUACGGCUUUUCGCGCUAAUGAAGGCGGCGUUACCCUCGCAGCCCUGCAACCGGCUUCUCUUCUUGUACAUCGUGCUGAUCACCGCCUCGGUUCACGGUAACGCUCAAAACUGCAGUUACACACUAUAUAGUCCGAACGGGACGAUAGAAAGCCCUGGAUACCCUUACGGAUACCCAAACUAUGCCAAUUGCACAUGGGUGAUUGUGGCACAGGAACACAACCGGAUACAACUGGUUUUCCAAGGGUUUGCUUUAGAAGAGGACUUUGACAUUCUGUCCGUGUAUGACGGGCAGCCGAGUCCUGGAAACCUACGAACCCGGUUAACAGGCUUCCGGCUUCCUUCUCCAAUAGUCAGCACUGGUUCGAGGCUCACGCUUUGGCUACUAUCGGACUAUGCUGUGAGUGGCCAGGGCUUCAAAGCAGUGUAUGAAGCUCUUCCUAGCUACACUUGUGGCAACCCCGGGCAGCUGCAGAAUGGCCUCCAGCAGGGCUCCACGUUCAACAUCGGGGAUAAGAUCCGCUACAGCUGCAGCCAGGGGUUUGUACUGGAAGGCCACGCUGUUCUUUCGUGUCUGGCCACGUCCUCAGGCACGGCUGCUUGGGACUUCCCCCUGCCCUACUGCCGAGCAGAUGACGGCUGUGGGGGAACACUGCGAGGUCAGAGCGGCAUCAUCACAAGUCCAAACUACCCACAGGAGUAUAACAAUAAUGCUGACUGCACAUGGACAGUGCUGGCUGAGCCGGGUGACACCAUCGCACUCGUUUUCACCGACUUCCAGCUCGAAGAAGACUACGAUGUCCUGGAAGUCAGUGGUACAGAUGGCUCUGCACAGUGGUUCACUGGACCUAAUCUUCCCUCACCUAUUAUUAGCAGUAAGAACUGGCUGCGUAUCCACUUCACCUCUGAUGGCAACCACAAGCUGAGGGGCUUCAGUGCUCAGUACCAAGUAAAGAAGAUGACAGAGCUUAAGUCCAGAGGAGUGAAGAUGCUUCCAAGUAAAGACAACCACAGCAAGAUUUCAGUGUUGUCCCAGAUGGGUGUGGCGCAAGGACACAACAUGUGCCUUGACCCCGGGAUUCCAGACAGGGGGAAAAGAAAAGGCUCCGAUUUCAGACGUGGGGCCACAGUGCACUUCUCCUGUGAUGAAGGUUACGAGCUGCAGGGCUCCAAGAGCAUAACCUGCAUGCGCGUGACUGACAACUACGUAGGCUGGAGUGACGACCGGCCCAUCUGUAGAGCACCCAUGUGUGGAGGCCAGCUUCGAGGUCCUAGUGGUGUAAUCACAUCGCCCAACUUCCCCGUUCAAUAUGAUAACAACGCAAACUGCACCUGGAUCAUUACUGCCUCAUACCCCUCUAAGGUAAUAAAGUUGACUUUUGAGGACUUUGACCUGGAGCGUGGCUAUGACACUCUAACUGUGGGCGAUGGAGCUGUAAUUGGGGACCAAAGGACCGUCUUUCAUGUGCUUUCAGGAACUAACACUCCAGACCUGGUGGUGAGCACCAGUCAUCAGAUGUGGCUUAAUUUCAAGACCGAUGACACCAGUGGGUCCUUGGGAUUUAAAGUGUCUUAUGAGGAAAUUGACCAGGGAGGAUGCGGAGACCCUGGAAUCCCAGCCUACGGCAAGCGAGAAGGCACAGGCUUCAGGCAUGGGGACAAACUGUAUUUUGAUUGCCUACCUGCCUUUGAGCUGGUGGGGAAAAAGAACAUCACCUGCCAAAAGAACAACCAGUGGUCAGCCAAGAAACCCAGCUGUGUGUUCUCCUGCUUCUUCAACUUCACUACACCAUCAGGAGUUCUGCUCUCGCCUAAUUACCCUCAGGAGUACGGGAACAACAUGCACUGCGUGUGGCUGAUCAUUGCUAAGCCUGAAAGCAGGAUUAACCUGGCCUUCAACGAUCUGAGCAUGGAAAAGCAGUUUGAUUUUCUGUCCAUCAAAGAUGGAGGAAAGGCUGAGUCACCCAUUUUGGGCAGCUUUUCUGGAGAUGUUCUGCCAUCGCCCAUCACCACGAGUGGACACGUAGCACGGCUGGAGUUUCUCACCGAUCACACUUAUACUGAUCGUGGCUUUAACAUCACCUUUACCACGUUUCGCCACAACGAGUGCCCCGAUCCCGGAGUGCCGGUCAAUGGGAAGCGAUUCGGGGAGAAUUUACAGCUGGGUAGUUCCAUCUCGUUCUUGUGUGAGGAGGGUUUCGUGAAGACCCAUGGCUCCCAGACCAUCUCCUGCAUCCUCAAAGAUGGAAAUGUGGUGUGGGACAAUGCUGUGCCACGCUGUGAAGCUCCAUGUGGUGGAGAUUUGAAAGCCCCCAGCGGCAUCAUCCUGUCCCCCGGCUGGCCCGAGCUUUAUAAAGAGGCUUUGAAUUGUGAGUGGAUCAUCGAGGCUCCACCUGGAUACCCGAUCAAGAUCAUCUUUGACAAGUUUCGGACAGAGGUUAACUACGACGUAUUGGAGGUGCGAGACGGGCGAUACCCCUCCUCGCCCCUGAUUGGUAGUUAUCAAGGUACCCAAGUGCCCCAGUUUCUUAUUAGCACCUCCAACUUCCUGUACCUGCUCUUUUCAACGGACAAGAGCCACUCAGACAUCGGCUUCCGGAUCCGAUAUGAGACUUUGCAGCUGCAGUCCGACCAUUGUGUUGAUCCUGGGAUUCCAGUCAACGGUCAACGGCAUGGUAACGAUUUCUACGUGGGCGCACUCGUGACCUUUAGCUGUGACGCUGGAUACACCCUCAGUGACCCCGAGCCUCUAGAAUGCGAGCCCAACUUCCAGUGGAAUCGUCCUCUUCCUAGCUGUGAUGCUCUCUGCGGCGGCUUUAUUCAGGGAAACUCUGGCACUAUUUUGUCACCUGGCUUUCCAGACUUCUAUCCUCACAAUCUCAAUUGUACCUGGAUGAUCGAGACCUCACAUGGCAAAGGUGUCCAGUUUACCUUCCACACCUUUCAUCUGGAGAGCCCUCAUGACUAUCUCUUGGUGACAGAGAACGGCAGUUUUUCUCAGCCACUCUGGAGACUGACUGGCUCCAUCCUGCCUCCUCCUCUCAGCGCCGGUCUGUUUGGGAACUACACUGCUCAAAUCCGUUUCCUGUCUGACUUCUCUGUGUCUUACGAGGGCUUCAACAUCACCUUCUCAGAGUAUGACCUGGAGCCGUGUGAAGACCCGGGUGUGCCUCCUUUCAGCACUCGUAAAGGGCUGCAGUUUGAUGUAGGUGAUGCGCUCUUCUUCUCCUGCUUUCCCGGGUAUCGGUUGGAGGGGCCUGCGAAGGUGGUGUGUUUAGGGGGGCGGCGGCGGGUCUGGAGUUCCCCUCUCCCAAGGUGUGUUGCUGAAUGCGGUUCCUCUGUGACUGGGAAACAAGGCGUCCUCCUGUCUCCAAACUACCCUGGCUACUAUGGCAACAAUCACGAGUGCAUCUACUCCAUCCAGACCCAGCCUGGCAAAGGCAUUCAGCUUCGGGCUCGAGACUUCCGCCUGGAAGACGACGACAUGCUAAUGGUGUACGAUGGCAGCAGUAACCGUGCUCGUUUGCUCGGCGUUUUCAUGGGCACGGAGCUGAUGGACGUGACUCUGAACAGCACGUCCAGCACUAUGUGGCUGGAGUUUAUCAGUAACAGUGAGAACACCAGCAAAGGCUUCGAGCUGCACUUCACCAGUUUUGAUCUGGUGAAAUGUGAGGAUCCAGGCAUGCCUCAGUUUGGCUAUAAGCUCGAGGAUAAGGGUCACUUUGCAGGAAGCACUGUGUCAUACACCUGUGAUCCGGGUUAUACCUUAAAGGGUAAUGAGGUGCUGACUUGUCUCAGAGGGGAGAGAAGAGCAUGGGACAGCCCUCUACCUCAAUGUAUAGCUGAGUGCGGUGGGACGAUGAAGGACGAACAUACAGGUCGUAUCCUGUCUCCAGGUUACCCUGCGCCCUAUGAGCACAAUUUGCACUGCGUGUGGACUAUCGAGGCUCCACCGGGAAGCACCGUCGGGCUGCACUUUCUGGUUUUCCACACGGAGGAAGUGCAUGAUGUGUUGCGGAUCUGGGAUGGGCCUCAGGAUGGUGGUGUACUUCUCAAAGAGCUGAGUGGUUCUUCUUUGCCUGUGGACCUACACAGCACCUUCAAUACCAUCAGCCUGCAGUUCACUACUGACUUCUUCACCAGCAAACAAGGCUUCGCUCUGCAGUUCUCAGUGUCCACAGCUACAUCCUGUAAUGACCCUGGGUUUCCUACUAACGGCACACGCAGUGGGGACAGUAGAGAGCCCGGGGACUAUGUGCUGUUCCAGUGUGACCCUGGUUAUAUCCUACAAGGAGCCAAUAAGAUCACUUGCACUGAGAUCAACAACCGUUUCUUCUGGCAGCCGGAACCACCCACGUGCUCAGCUCCAUGUGGAGGGAACCUGACUGGCCCAAGUGGGCUAAUUUUAUCCCCCGAAUACCCAGAGCCCUAUCCUCAUGGCCGAGAGUGUGACUGGACAGUCAUCGUCACCCAAGACUACAUCAUCUCCCUCACAUUCAACCACUUUAGUUUAGAGCCCAGCUAUGAUUUUCUGCACAUUUACGAUGGACCUGACUCUCUCAGCCCACUGCUGGGAAGCUUCUACGGCACUGAUGUCCCAGACCGCAUAGAGAGCAGCUCCAAUAAGCUUUUCCUGGCCUUCCGAAGUGAUGCCUCGCUAAGCAGCAAUGGCUUUGUCCUGCAGUACACAGAAAACCCCAGAGAGUCAUGUUUCGAGCCAGGUCUUGUUCGUAAUGGGACUCGAAUUGGCACAGAGUUGAAGCUCGGUUCCACGGUCACCUACUACUGUGAUAGCGGCUAUACUCUGGAGGGAGAAUCCAUCCUCACCUGUGUCAUGGGGGCAGACAGCAAACCUACCUGGAACAAACCGAAACCUGUUUGCAUAGCUCUUUGUGGUGGCCAGUACUCCGGGCUGGAGGGAGUUGUGCUCUCUCCCGGCUAUCCUGGAAACUACAGCAGUGGAAGAACGUGUCUCUACUCAGUGGUCGUCCCUAACGAUUAUGUGGUCUUCAGCCAGUUCGCCUUCUUCCAGACAGCUCUGAACGAUGUGGUAGAGGUUUACGACGGUCCAACGCAACAUGCCCGGGUCUUGAGCUCCCUCUCAGGGUCUCACUCAGGUGAGUCGCUGCCACUGGCCACCACCAACCAGAUCCUAAUCCGCUUCACUUCGAAAGGACACUCUUCAUCCAGAGGCUUUCACCUCGUCUACCAAGCCGUCCCAAGAACCAGUGCCACUCAGUGCAGCUCGGUCCCAGAGCCCAGGCACGGCAGACGCACAGGGAACAACUUCGCUGUAGGAGCCGUGGUGCGGUUUGAAUGUAACGCAGGCUAUGUGCUGGAAGGCCCCAGUGCCAUCGAGUGCCUGACAGUUCCUAAUGCCCUGGCACAGUGGAACACCACCAUCCCCAGCUGCAUAGUUCCCUGUGGAGGAAAUCUGACCCAGCGCACAGGCACCAUUCUGUCUCCUGGUUACCCUGAGCCCUACCUAAACAGCCUGAGCUGUGUGUGGAAAAUCACCGUGCCUGAGGGAUCGGGGAUACAGAUUCAGGUGAUCAGCUUUGUGACUGAACAGAACUGGGACUCGCUGGAGGUGUUUGAUGGAGGAGACAACACUGAUGCCAUGCUGGGGAGUUUCUCAGGAACCUCUGUGCCGGGGCUUUUGAACAGCACAUCCAACCAGCUGUACCUGCACUUCUUCUCAGACAUCAGUGUCUCAGCGGCCGGCUUCAGGCUGGAGUACAAGACGGUGUCCCUUACAAGCUGUCCUGAACCUGUAUUACCUAUGAAUGGUUUCAAAGUGGGAGAGCGUUUACAGAUAAACAAUGUCGUGUCCUUCCAGUGUGAUCCCGGAUACACUUUACAGGGCGUGUCACAUAUCACCUGCAUGCCAGGAACGGUGCGCCGCUGGAAUUAUCCUCCGCCACUCUGCAUUGCACAGUGUGGUGGGAUCAAAGAAGAGAUGGAAGGGACCAUCCUGAGCCCUGGUUUCCCCGGAAACUACCCUAGCAACAGUGACUGCACCUGGAGGAUCUACCUGCCAGUCGGCUAUGGAGCCCACAUACAGUUUUUGAAUUUCUCAUCUGAGGCCAACCAUGACUUUCUGGAGAUCAGGAACGGCCCUUUUGACACUAGCACUGUGAUUGGCCGAUUCAGCGGACAGGAUGUCCCGGCAUCCCUCCUAACAACGUCUCAUGAAACCACAGUGUAUUUUCACAGUGAUCAUUCCCAGAACAAACCAGGAUUCCGAUUCGAUUAUCAGGCUUAUGAGCUACAAGAAUGUUCCGACCCCGAACCUUUCCACCAUGGCGUGGUGGUGGGUGCUGGAUACAAUGUAGGACAGUCCAUAUCCUUCGAGUGUUACCCAGGGUAUCAACUAAUGGGCCAGUCCAUUCUUACCUGUCAACAUGGUACAACCCGUACCUGGGAUCAUCCCUUUCCUCGGUGUGAAGUGCCUUGUGGAGGGAAUAUUGCAUCAGACAACGGGACCAUCUUUUCUCCAGGCUAUCCGGAAGAGUACCCGAGCUCUGCAGACUGCACGUGGUUAAUCACGGUGGCCCCUGGCUUGGGCGUGCGCCUGAAUUUCACCCUUCUGCAGGUUCACGGGCCACAUGACUUCAUCACUGUAUGGGAUGGUCCACAGGAGAAUGCACGGAAACUUGGUGUGUUCACAGACGGUGAGCCUUAUGACCCACCCAGCAGCACAUCUAAUCAGAUCCUCAUACGGUUCCGCAGCAGCUCAGAAAAAGGCGGCCUUUUCAAGAUCAACUACCAAGCCUACAGACUCCAGUUUUGCCUACCUCCUCCCAUCAUCCCCAAUGCAGAAAUCCUGAUGGCUAGCAAGGAGUUUAAAAUAGGUGAUAUAGUGCGCUACAGAUGUUUGCCAGGAUACCACCUGAACGGAAACAGCAUCUUAACCUGCCGUCUGGGCACACAUCUGGAGUUCGAAGGACCUCCACCUUCGUGUGAUGUUAUGUGUCCAAUGAAUGAGGUGCUGACAGCCUCGACAGGAGUCAUUUUGAGUCAGUCACCAGGCAACGGCUUCCCACACUUUGAGUCGUGCUCCUGGGUAGUGAAGGUGGAACCAGGCUACAACAUCUCUUUCACUAUUGAACACUUUCAGACCAGCAGGCAGUUUGAUGAGCUUGAAAUCUUUGAUGGUCCAUCUAGACAGAGUCCUCUUCUUAUUACACUAAGUGGGAACUACUCCUCCCCACUGAGCAUCACCAGCUCUUCCAACAAAGUCUACCUGCACUGGUCGUUUGAUCACACCUCCAGUCACAAAGGCUUUCGAAUCCGCUACUCAGCGGCUUACUGCAGCACACCUAAUUCUCCAGUGAAUGGCUCAGUGCACAGCCAGACAGGCACCAAGCUGGGCAGUACAUUGCGUUUCAACUGUGACCAGGGCUUCCGCUUGAUUGGCCAAAGCAGUGCCACCUGCACCCGUACCGCACAAGGCAUCUACCAGUGGAAUGCUCCGGUUCCCCUGUGCCAAGUGGUAUCAUGUGGAAUGCCCAUGGCUCCAGUCAAUGGCAGUGUGGUUGGUCAGGAUUUCACUCUCGGUUCAAGGGUGACAUUCAAAUGUAACCCAGGCUUCCGGCUGGCUAACACCUUACCUGUAUCAACUGUUUGUCAAGAGUCAGGAAGGUGGAGUCCCAUAGAAACACCACCCCGCUGCAUACCUGUCACCUGCCCUGACAUCGGCCAUUCGGCGGUGGAACACGGGAGAUGGAGGCUUAUCUAUGGCAUGCAGAAUCAGUAUGAGGCCAUGAUGAUGCUCACCUGUGACCCCGGGUACUUCUACAAGGGUCAAAGGGUCAUUCGUUGCCAGGCCAACAGCACCUGGGAUUACCCUGAACCCAGACCUGCAUGUGAAAUUAUCUCCUGUGGAGAUCUUGGAACCCCACCGAAUGGAAAUAAGAUUGGUACACUGACUGUAUUCGGAGCCACGGCUAUUUUCUCCUGUAACACUGGUUACACUCUGGUGGGCUCCAGGGUGAGAGAAUGCAUGGCCAAUGGCUUGUGGAGUGGAUCGGAAGUCCAGUGUCUUGCUGGGCACUGUGGCUCUCCUGACCCCAUAGUAAAUGGGCAGAUAAUUGGAGAGAACUAUAAUUACAGGGGCAGCGUGGUUUACCAGUGUAACCCUGGGUUCAGACUUAUUGGAGUUUCCGUGCGCAUAUGUGAGCAAGAUCACCGCUGGUCUGGGAAACCACCUGUUUGUGUCCCUAUCACAUGUGGACAUCCAGGAAAUCCUGCCAAUGGUCUGACCCAGGGAGCACACUUCAACCUCAAUGACAUUGUUCGCUUUGCCUGCAAUACCGGUUAUGUCUUACAGGGGGCCAUUAAGUCUCAUUGCCAACCCAAUGGACAGUGGAGCAACUCCUUGCCCAGAUGUAGAAUUGUGAACUGCACAGAGCCUGGGCAUGUGGAGAACAGCGUGAGACAGGUCUUGCCCAGCGGGCCUCACCGCUACAGCUUCCAGACUACAGUUUCUUACACAUGCAAUCCAGGAUACUACCUGCUGGGCACUAGUACUCUGACAUGCCAGGGUGAUGGCACCUGGGAUCAAUCGCUACCCAAGUGUCUCUUGGUGCUGUGUGAUCAUCCCAGCAUGCCCCCAUACACACAGAUCUCGGGAGAGAGAAGAACGGUGGGCUCAGUGAUCCGCCACAGCUGCAUGGGCCAGCGUUCCAUUGUAGGCAACACCACCCGAGUGUGCCAGCUGAACGGCCAGUGGAGCGGCUCACCUCCACAUUGUACUGGUGAUUCAGGGGGUAGAUGUGGAGAUCCUGGUGUGCCGGUACACGGUAUCCGUUUGGGAGAGCAGUUCUCUGUGGGCAGUGUGGUACGCUUCAGCUGUGAGCCUGGUUACAUGCUUCGUGGUUCUUUAGAGCGGACCUGCCUGGCCAAUGGCACAUGGAUAGGCAUGCAGCCUGAGUGCCAGGUUGUGUCUUGUGGCAAUCCUGGCACUCCUCGGAACUCUUUGAUCCAGUUCCAUGAUGGGCUGGUCUUCUCUCGCUCCAUUACAUAUGCAUGCAGAGAGGGUUACUAUUCCACCGGCCUGCUCACACGUCACUGCACCGUCAACGGCACAUGGACUGGAGACACGCCCGAGUGCACAGUUAUUAACUGUGGAGACCCUGGAGUACCUGCAAAUGGUCUGCGACUGGGCAAUGACUUCACAUAUGGUAGCAUUGUCGGCUUUCAGUGUUCCCCUGGCUUCACCAUGGAUGCUGACCGUGCCUCCACACUUAUAUGCACGAAGGAUCGCACUUGGAAUGCCACCAAGCCUGUGUGUAGAGCGAUUGUGUGUGGAGCUCCACCCAGUAUUCCUAAUGGCCAGGUGGUUGGAACUGACUUCCAGUGGGGUUCCAGCAUCAGCUACACCUGCAACCAGGGCUAUCAACUCUCUCUUCCCACUGUUCUCACCUGCCAGGGCUUUGGCAACUGGAGCGGUGAAAGGCCACAAUGCUUCCCUGUGUUCUGUGGGGAUCCAGGAAUCCCAGCUCAGGGCAGACGUGAGGACCGAGGAUUCACUUACCUGUCUUCUGUGUUCUUCUCCUGCUUUCCACCUCUGGUACUGGUCGGCUCCACACGGAGGUAUUGCCAGUAUGAUGGAACCUGGAGUGGGACCCAGCCUUCAUGUAUAGAUCCGACUCACACCAGCUGUGUGGACCCUGGCACACCUCUGUUUGGAUCUCAGAACAACACUCAAGGCUACCAGAUUGGCAGUACAGUGUUCUAUAGCUGCAGAAAGGGAUACCUGCUCCUUGGUUCUAUCUCUCGUACCUGCCUGCCCAACCUCACUUGGAGUGGCAUGCCACCAGAGUGUAUUGCUCAUCACUGUAGUCAACCCGAACUUCCAGCUCAGGCAGAUGCUAGAGCCAUAGAGCUGCCUUCCCUGGGUUACACUCUCAUCUACACGUGUCAGCCUGGCUUUUAUUUAGCCGGAGGCUCUGAACAUCGCACAUGCAGACCUGACGGCAGCUGGACCGGCAAGCCACCACUAUGUGCAGCUGAUAAUAGGCCAAGUGGGAAAACUGUUGGAACCGUUCAAGAGCCACCCAACACUAAACUUCAGGUGCCUAGUGGAGUGUUUGCACGGAACUCACUGUGGAGGGGCUCCUAUGAGUACCUUGGGAAAAAGCAGCCAGCCAUGCUAAGCAUAACUGCUUUUGAACCGUUCAGUAACCGGGUCAAUGGCACCCUAAUGGACCACAGUGGCGUGCAGCUCAAUCUGGCUGGAACCUACAAGAAAGAAGAGGCCCAUUUGUUGCUCCAGGUCUAUCAGAUCCGAGGGCCAGUGGAAAUCUUCGUCAACAAAUUCAAAAUCGACAACUGGGCACUGGAUGGACAUGUGUCAUAUAUGCCUUCAUCAAACUCCUUUGUGUAUCAAGGAUUUGUUCGAGGGAAAGGAUUUGGCCAGUUCGGCCUUCAGAGGCUCGAGGGACUGGACCCAAAUGGAGAGAACCCCAGCUAUUUUGCCUCUAACAGCAGUUCAGUGGCAGCAGCCAUUUUAGUGCCUUUUAUAGCCAUGAUUAUAGCAGGAUUUGCUCUGUACCUCUACAAACACAGGAAAAGACCCAAAGUACCCUUCAAUGGCUACGCUGGCCACGAAAACACCAAUGGAAGAGCAACAUUUGAAAACCCCAUGUAUGACCGUAAUAUUCAGCCCACAGACAUCAUGGCUAAUGAGUCUGAAUUCACAGUCAGCACAGUCUGCACAGCCGUAUAGCCACUGCUUUUUCCACAGGUUGACAUCGUAUUUUCUCCCCUGCCCACUCAAGUGCCCCCGCAAGCAGGAACAGGCUGUGUGGGUGGGCUGACAAACAAGAAUGGAAGCCUAUUUUUCCUUUACUAAAAAGAUUCUAACAAUUAUAGUCAAAAAAGAGAUCACACCCUGAUUUAAGAAGCAGGAAAAUUUCCGAACAAGAAAAACACACACGUGACAAACACAGCCGUGUCUAUUCUCCCAAACUCGCUCUCUCUGUUCUUAUAUGUCUGCUGUUUCUCUUUAGUUUUUUCUGCCGGAGAGCUUUCACGAAACUUUGGCACGGCAGAGAGGAUGCUUGCGAUUCUGUCACUCACUGAACAAAACAAGAGAACGAGACGUAGAGUGUGAUGAGGGUCUCAGUAGCCAGAGGCUGACGUGCGCUGUUUCUUCUGAGUGAACAGGGAUUUGGGAAGAGUCUUGCAAAAACCAGUGAGAAGAACACCCUGGACAGUCAGAGAGCUUCAUUUUGUUUUCUACAUUUUCUCCAUUGAAUACAUUUUGGUUGGUUUUUUUUCUUCCCUUCUUCUUCUUUUCUUUCUUGCGCACUGAAGCUGCGAGAUUGUGGAUAAGUGCAGACUUUGUUCGCAUUACUGGAUCUCUCUGGCUGCCACUUUCACUAUCGAUUCCUGUGAAAUUUUCACCUGAAGCCACAGAGCCCUGAAUUGAAGUGGAAUGAGAUUUUGAGGCUUAUUAGAAGACAAGGAUUCUAUCAUUAGCACCUUUCUCUACUUGUUCCAACCCAGAGGAUGGAGUGUUCUCUUCUUCGUAGCAUUUCGCCCGCCUGGCUGAGAUUGGACAGGCUGCACAUGCCCCUGAGGAGAACAUUGCGGGAGAACGAUGGAGGGAGAAAAUAUGAAAGGAAAGCAGGCUUUAGGCAAUCCAUCUUUUUUUUUGUUGUUGUUGUUGUUGUCGCUCCGGCAUCUACAGAUGAAAAUGUAAUGCACAUUCAAGACUUUGGAGAGUAUCUACAUUCCUACAUGGGGCAGGAGCCUUUUUACCCCCGUCAUCUGUCAUUACAGUGCAGUUCCAUUCACUAAGAUUUUGAAAAUGAAGGCAUGCUCUGAAUGCUCAGGUCGAAGGAACUGCAGAGCUGGUGUGCAAUAGCAUGGUUCUUUAACUUUGUAUAUCAGUGGGAUGAAGUCUUUUAGAGGGCUGUGACAUCCGUUAUUUAAAUAUCUUUACUUUCUUUUUGGAAAGGUUACCUAAAGUGCAGAGUCGGUCGAUUCCUGUAUGUCUCAAUGCCUUACACUGUAGCAAGAAUGCAAUGUCAAGGCAAACUCUGAUCGCCCGGCAGGGGAGUUCUGCACUUUUUCUUUUUUUUGGUCAAGGGAACAAGCAAGAAAUUUGCAUUGUUCACAGCAAAGUGUUCCUUUCUCAUUAGAACGUUCAUUUUUUUUUCUUGAUAUUUUUCUCCAGAAAAUAAUGAUAUGGACAUAUCCGAAUGUGUGCACAUUGUAUCGUCUAUUCCAGAAUAUACAUUUCAGCCUCAUGUGCAAUGAUCCAGGUUCUGGAUCCACUGUGACCCACCCAGGAUAAAGCACUUAGUGAAGAUGAAUAAAUGAAAGAGUUUAGGUCAUUUUAAAAUGCAUUGUGUAGGAGAGCCAGAGAAAGAAGUAAUACAAUUAAAAAAAUCAAGGGAAGUCAGUGAUGUUGUUUUUUUUUCCCCUCAUUGAGUGGAUGGUUAGGACACUCCAGUGUUUUGUGUGUGCUUAUAUAUUAGGUGUGCUUGGUGAGGCUUCAAGGUUAUACUUGAGACCUGAAAAGAGAUCUGAUCAUCUUGAGUUCAUUUUAUUGUCCUGCUUCAUCAAGCAUAUUUAGUUUUCCAAAUACUACUGAGAUGGAUUUCUGAAUAGCAUGUCUCUUUGCCCUUAAUCAUAAUUUUUUUUAUUUAUUUAAAAAAAAAAUUAUUUCUGCAUAUAAACUCUAAAAAAAAAAUCAAUUGCUUCCUUUAGGCCAACAAAAUCCCUGCUAUUAUUUGCUAAGGAAAAUACCUUCUGCAAAGAAUCCCUAUACUGUCUCUUUGCUCUAUUUUAUCUCUUGUUCAGUAAUUACUUUUACAAUUGUAUUCCUUUUUUUUUAAUCUAUAAAUUAUCUCAGCUACAUGAAUAGAUCAGCCAGUGCCUGUUGAUGGGGGGAAAAAAACACAAAAAAGAUUGUAUUUCCCUUGUGAUUCCACAGGCAAAAUAGUUGUUUUAAACCAAUUGGCAUUCACUUCUUGUUUUUUUUUUUCUCCCACUAUGAUUUCAUUACAAAUUGCUUUAUCAGAGGAAAUGGCUGCUCACUUAUACUCUGCUCCCUGCACAUCAUAUAUUUUAGAUUUAUUAUUGUGUGUCCACAAUCAUUUAUUUACCAUCCCAAAAUUCAGGCACUUACUGAUAGUCAUGCAGUGGCAGUUGUAUUAAAAGGAUAGAAAAUGACUAAAAGGCUUUUAGUGAGUUAUUGCUUUAGAGUUAGAGGUUGGACAAAAUUACUGCUAUGAAGUCCCAUGAAAACACGUUCGCUUUAUCACUGAUUAUUUUCUCAACAGAACCCGAGGCAGAAAGUUUUUUUUUUUGCUUGUUUUUCUGUUUGAUUUUUUAACCCUUCUUUUCUUUUAUCACAUUUUUUCUUUGUUGCAAAACUAUAUAAAAAAAAAAAAAAAAACGGUUUACAAAAAUUCUGAUAACCUCUGAAGUUUCUUGAGGUUUUUUUUCUUAUAUAGUUCUAGCACCAUGUGCCUCAUGGUACCUCUCUGUGUUGUAUUUGACUCACAGAACAUUUACUCGUUCCUUAGUUCCCUAUUUGCCAGGUCGAUAAUGUACAAGGGUGUGUUAAAAAAAAAAAAAAAGCUGGGAAGAAUUCCAAAGUCAACGGUUCAUCUUUCAAAAGUAUUUUUGACUGCGAGUGUAGCCUUUGUGUUAUUCUAAGCCCAAGGAAGAAUAUAAAACAUGAUAAAACCGAAAAGGAGACAAAUUCCAUGUUUUAAAGACAUUUGCACUUAUUCUCAAUAGUUUGCGAUCAUAAGACUUGAGGGAUUCUUGCAACAAAAAAAUACAAAAAAAUGCUAUCAUGUAUAAUUGCUGUAUUUGUAAGUCUUUCCUGCUGUUGUAGUAUUUUUUAUUAGGAAAAGUAGAAAAAAUAAACGAAUGGUGCUCAUUUGCCAGGGUACUAUACUACUUUGACUUAUUAAAUGCACCUAGCAAAUAAAAAUCUAUUCAUCUGGAGUAAAUUAAUUGAUGCCUUUUUGCCAAAUAGCUUCCCUGUUGAUCAUUUAAGGUUCUAUAAAAUGAUUGUAGCUGUUCUUUGCUCUGGAGAAAUGAAAGCGAGGCAGUGAGGGUUUGAAGUCAUGGUCAUGCCACAUAUUUCUCAUCAGCGAUGGCGCUGACUCAUGUUUAUCACUUAGAAGCAGGUUUGCUUGGCUCUGCUGGUGAACUGAAAAGGGAUGUGCUUCGUUUCCAAGAUACACCCAUAUUUGAGUGUGAGUCAAACACUAAUUAUUGUUGUUAAAGCUGUAUGGGUUGGUCGCUCUUUUAUUAAUUUGGCAGUAUUAGCAUUAGCAUUAAUAUAAAGUACAUAUUCAUGAGUUAAUACCUUGGAUCCCAUGGAUAUUUCACCCCUGGUUGUGACUAAUCUUCAUGGCUCACUUAUGAAUCUCAGUCUAUUGCCUCAUGUGGACAAAAAAAGGUUGACUUAAAUAUGGAAAUAGUCAUGCUAAAUUAAAUGUAACUGUUUUUUGUUGCCUGUAAUGGAUCCCCUUCAUAAUGUCCAUAAUACCUGAAGAAAAAAAAAGGACAUGGAAAAGAACAAAACAAAUAACAGCCUAAACUCUUUACAUUAAAUUUCACAUAAUGGAAUAUUAUUUUUUUUCCCCCUGAGUACAUGUACAGACGAUUUCAUUUUAAAAAGGUCACUGAACUAAAUUAUUGAGAUACAUCAUAUAUUUAGUACAUACCUUCAUCAUACUUAUAAUUUGUAAUGUUAUUUAACUUUUAUUUGUUUUCUGUUGUUUUUGUGUUUAUUAAAAAAAGGAACCCAAUCUAGCGAUGCAUUCCUCUCCGCUCUGCAAGAGAGAAGUGCCCAACUUUGAGUGACUUACUGCUUUGUCUAGCCAAAGCCUCAAGGAACAACAGUCAGACUGCAGUUCUAUGCUCUUUGACCAAAAGGGUUAUGUUGCAAAGCAAGUGUAAGAAAAGUAAAACAUCAUGGACUCGAAUGGAAAGGCCUGCUGUGAAUUACGCAAGGUUAAAAAAAAAAAAAGGAGAACAAAUAAAUGAAAAAAAAAAAUAUUUUGUACAGAGAUAUAUUUUUAUGGAAACACAUUUGUAAUAUAAAAAGAGAAAAAUUGAUUGACAGAUAUGUAAAUGUUUUUCAUUAUUGUAGUACAAAUGCUAGUGGGGAAUAUACAAAUAUCUAUAUACAAAGAGAAAAUAGAAACAAAGCUUUUUUUUUGUAAAUGUAUAAAAGAAAUGUAUAUACAUGUUUACAUAUUGUACAUAUGUAAUCCCCGACAUGGCUCGUCUGCAGUAUAUAAAAUGUAUUUUAUCCGUCUGUAUAUGAUGCUUUGCAUUGUGUUUAAGCUUAAACUUUCUUGAACUUGAAACAUAUUUUGAAAGUUUUUGAAUAAAAAUAAAUAAAUAAAAACACGUAUUUUUUGCA